UGCAAGUAUUUGGCGCCAUUUUCCCGCCAAAACCCUCCUUGGCUGCUUCCUCCCAUUUCAAUUCACUGCUGGAACCCCUAAUUUCAUCUUGGAAAAGAGGGGGAAGAGAAAAAGGAAGAAGAAGGGAGAAAAUAAAGAAAAAGACAGUAGCAAUUGUUUGCUGUUCGGUUACUGCAACAAUUGCAGAAGAAAAUUAGGGAAGAAAUAGGAAAUGAGGGGUGGAACUGUUCAGAUCAACUGGCACGAAACCAAGCCCGUACUCGCCUGCGAUUUCCAUCCGAUCUCCGCCCUCCUUGCAACUGGCGGCGCCGACUACGAUAUCAAGCUGUGGGCAACAGUUUCUCACAUAGAUCAAAAGAAGGCUCCUGGAGUGACUUAUCACAGCAAUCUUUCAUACCAUAGUUCUGCUGUAAAUGCGGUUCGCUUCUCUCCUUCAGGAGAGCUCCUUGCCUCUGGUGCUGAUGGUGGUGAGCUGAUUCUAUGGAAAUCACAUACUACUGAUUCUGGUGAAGUCUGGAAAGUUCUCAAGUCAUUGGUGUUUCAUCGUAAGGAUGUAUUAGACUUACAGUGGUCUACUGAUGGGUCAUAUCUCAUUUCUGGUUCGGUUGAUAAUUCAUGCAUCAUAUGGGAUGCUAAUAAAGGUUCUGUUCACCAAAUCUUGGAUGCACAUUUUCAUUAUGUUCAAGGUGUUGCAUGGGAUCCAUUGGGGAAAUAUGUUGCGUCACUCAGUUCAGAUAGAACUUGUCGAAUUUAUCUUAACAAGCCAUCUAAAACCAAAGGUGUUGAGAAGACAAAUUAUGUUUGUCAACACAUCAUCUCGAAGGUGGACUCACAUAUGCCUGAUGAAUCUAAGUCUACUAGAAGCCAUCUUUUCCAUGAUGAGACACUUCCCUCUUUCUUUCGGAGAUUAGCCUGGUCACCAGAUGGAUCAUUUUUACUCGUUCCUGCAGGUUCUCUAAAAAGUACACCUACAUCCGAACCAGUCAAUACUGCUUAUGUUUUCUCAAGAAAAGAUCUUUCCAGGCCCGCACUUAUGCUCCCUGGUGCCAGCAAACCCGUUGUCGCAAUACGCUUUUGCCCGUUAACAUUUAGUUUGCGGGGAUCAAACACAUCUCCAUUUUUCAAGCUCCCCUAUCGCCUUAUUUUCGCAGUGGCCACUUUGAACUCCUUGUACAUCUAUGAUACUGAGAGCAUUCAACCUAUAGUAAUUGUAGCUGGAGUUCAUUAUGCAGCUAUAACCGACAUUGCAUGGUCACCCAUUGGUAAUUAUUUGGUGUUAUCCUCUCAAGAUGGUUACUGCACGCUGCUUGAAUUUGAAAAUCAAGAACUCGGAUCACCUAUGUCCUUAUCAGAAAAGCCAGUCGUUGGUGAUGCGAAUAAGUGCCCUGUUCCCGGAUCCAUCGACAACAAUGGUAAGAACGCAUCUAUAGAUAGUGCAAAAGAGAACGUAGAGAAUUCCACGAAGGAGGAGGAGAACAAGGAUAACAAACAAGCUUCACCAAGUACAAGAGUAGCUUCAAAUCCAAGUAAGCCUGCCAAGCGGCGCAUCACCCCAAUGGCCAUUGAUUGAUUAACAAAGUAUUUCCUCUCAUUGUAACAUUUUACUGUUAUUGUAGUCCACACUUAACAUAUGCCAGGAGAAGAAUGUAGAUUUUGUUGAAUGUGAUCUCUGUUAUGAUAA